AUGCGUGAAAAAAUUCGUCCUAAAGUUGGAAAGGUGGAUAUCGAUUAUCACAAAUUGCACGAUGCUUUCUUUAAGUACCAAACCAAACCCAAACUAUCAAUUCAUGGCGAUCUUUAUUAUGAAGGCAAAGAAUUUGAAGUAAAACUGAAGGAGAAAAAGCCUGGUAAUAUGUCAGAUGAGCUUCGAAAUGCUCUAGGUUUACCGUCUGGCUCCGGUGCUGAGCGAUAUCCUCCACCAUGGUUGAUUGCUAUGCAACGAUAUGGUCCACCUCCUUCGUAUCCCAAUUUGAAGAUUCCCGGUCUAAAUGCUCCUAUUCCGGAUGGUUGUGCAUUUGGUUAUCACCCUGGCGGAUGGGGUAAACCUCCCGUGGAUGAGCUAGGACGUCCUGUUUAUGGAGAUGUGUUUGGAAAUGGAGGUAAUAUUGCCGGUGUACCACCACCGCCACCCCCACCAACCACUUUUGAGGAUGCCGAUGAGCAAAUCGCUCAUGGAAAUAUCAGUUAUUGGGGCGAGUUGGAAUCUGAUGAGGAGUCUGAAGGCGAAGAUGGUGAUCAGGAUAUGGAUACGGACGAUGAGAGUGAUGAAGAUCAAGCAGCAGCAUCUGCGAUGGCUGAAAAUGAAGCCAAAAAGAUGCUCGUUACUCUGCCAAGUGCAGGAUCUAUUCCUCGACCAGUAGAUGUCGGUGGCCUAGUCACACCUGCUGGAGGAUUAAUAACACCUAGUGGUGUAUCUAGCGUUGGCGCUGGUUUAGAAACUCCACAAAGUAUGAUUGAACUACGUAAGAAAACUAUAGAAGAGGCAAUGGAAGAUAGUACUGGUUUGGUUACACCGUCCACUCAGUUGUAUCGUAUACUUCCUGAAACUGAAACUAAUUUACAACCUAAUGCACUUAUGGGUAGUACUAAAUUGUAUGAUGUGGCCGGUGCAACAGGUGCUCAGCGUGGAAUCGAAUAUACUUAGAUUCUGCCUUUCUCAGUUUAACUUAUUUAUCCCCAUUAAAACGAUGAACAAUCACUUACUUUAACUGUAGUCUCAUUUUCCUAUAAACUUCUUUUGGAAAAGUAACAUUUUGCGACAAGUUUAUUCAAAAGGAACUGUGAAAGGAAAUCGAUGCAAAGUCUGUGACAGUAACUAAUGCAAUUGUUUUCAACUAAUGUUUGGCGUAUUAAUGUAGGCUAUCUUAACAAAAUUACUUUUUUGACACAAAAUCCAUAACUUCAAGUAGUCUACUGGUUGAGGUCGACCUGGAAAG